GCCCGAGAAACUUGAGUGCAGAGCUUUAUAGAACCUCAAUAUGGUAUUCAUUCAUUCAUUUCGAUCGCUCGCAAGAUCACAAACUUCCCUUCCGUCGUGGUCACGCCAACUACAGAUGUCCAAGCACUGUUUUAAUCCCCAAGUGGAUGCUCGACCAAUAUCUUUCCUCACAUGUCACCGUCCCAGGUUACCACAACAAUCGACAUCGUGCCGCACAACACAAGAGCUUUCGGACACUUUGAGAACAAGACUACCAGAGUUCGGCCCAGACGUUGCCAUAUCCUCACAUCCCGCAUUCGUAUCGAUACAGGUUCGAUACGCGGCUCGUAAUACCAUGAACGGAUGGACUCAUUGGAAGAGAAAGCGGAGACACGGCCUGAUGAAUCGAAUGAAGACAAAGUCUGGACGGGCCAUUCUAAAGAGAAGGAAGGAGAAGGGAAGGUGGACCGGGCACAAGAGGAUGAUGAACGGGAAUCCUACCAUUCUUCAUGAUCCGUUUGAAUACUAAUGAAAGGUUGUAUGGGGCGUAUAUACAUAUUAGACGGGACGUGGUGCAAGAUGUGGUUUACUACGCUAGUACCUGUGUCUUCCGUCAUGUUAUCUUCUAGAGGUCUAUCUUCGCUAAUUAUGUACCUCUUUCCCAUCUUCGAUAAACAUUCCUGCCCCGCCUGCAUUUUCUCGUCUAUUAGUGUCUUUAACCGCUCCGUGUAUGCUUCUUCAUAUCGCUCGAAUUCCUUCCUCGCAAUUAUCAAAGACAUAGAAUUCCUUAGCAGGUGAAAGGUAACAGACAACCGUGAAUUAGCUAGAUUAUUUGAUAUGAUUCUAGCUACACUACAGUUAGGGAAGUAUAAUCUAGAAAUAGAAUUAAUUUAACUAUAGUAAAUAGAAAG